AUGUAUGGUCGUAAGUGUUGUACUCCGCUAUGUUGGGCUGAGUUGGGUGAGCGACAAAUUUUGGGUCCUGAGUUGGUUUUCGAGACUGAAGAUAAGGUUAGACUGAUACAGGAUCGUCUGAAGGUGACUUCUAAUAGACAUAAAUCUUAUAUGGAUCUGAAAAGAAGGGAUAUUGAGUACGCUUUGGAUGACUUCAUAUUCCUUAAGGUGUCUCCGUGGAAGAAAUUUUUGCAGUUCGGUCGUAAGGGCAAGUUAAGCCCUAAGUUCAUUGGGUCGUAUCAGAUUCCGAAGCAUGUGGGACCGAUUGCUUAUCAAUUAGAGCUACCUCUAGAGUUGGACCGUAUCCAUGAUGUGUCUUACAUUUUGAUGUUGAGGCGGUAUCGGUCUAAUCCAUCUCAUGUUGUCUCUGUUGAGGAGAUCGAGGUUAGACCGAACUUUACAUUUGAGGAAGAGUUGGUUCAAAUUCUAGACCGAGAUUUAAGGUGCUGA